AUGACUGGCUCGAGUAGAUUGAGAGAUGAACCUCACAUCGGCAAGUAUCGAUUAAUGAAAACCAUCGGGAAGGGUAAUUUUGCCAAGGUCAAAUUGGCCAAACACAUUCCGACUGACAGAGAGGUUGCAAUAAAAAUCAUUGACAAGACACAGCUGAACAGCACAAGCUUACAAAAGCUGUUUCGAGAAGUUCGCAUAAUGAAAGUGCUGGACCAUCCAAACAUAGUAAAACUCUACGAAGUCAUUGAGACGGAAAAAACCUUGUUUCUCGUCAUGGAAUAUGCAAGUGGAGGCGAGGUGUUUGACUAUCUGGUAGCACAUGGCCGGAUGAAGGAGAAGGAAGCAAGAGCUAAAUUUAGACAGAUAGUUUCAGCUGUGGAAUAUUGUCAUCAGAAGAAUAUUGUCCACAGAGAUUUAAAGGCUGAAAACUUACUCCUCGACGCUGACCUCAACAUAAAAAUUGCUGACUUUGGCUUCAGCAAUGAGUUCACCACUGGUAACAAGCUGGACACAUUUUGUGGUAGUCCACCUUAUGCUGCCCCUGAACUUUUUCAAGGAAAGAAGUAUGAUGGACCUGAAGUUGAUGUAUGGAGUCUCGGUGUUAUCCUAUAUACGCUAGUCAGUGGAUCACUACCAUUUGAUGGACAGAACCUUAAAGAACUUCGAGAACGAGUGUUGAGGGGGAAGUAUAGGAUUCCUUUCUACAUGUCAACUGACUGUGAAAGCCUGCUGAAAAAAUUUCUUAUACUCAAUCCUCUGAAAAGGGCAAGUCUAGAGGCAAUAAUGAAGGAUAAAUGGAUGGGGAUGGGAUUUGAUGAUGAGUUGAAACCUUACAUUGAAGUUAAAAAGGAUCUCAAUGAUCCCAUUAGGAUUGAAAAGUUAGUACAGAUGGGCUACAGCAGGAAGGAUAUUGAAGAAUCAUUAGGUCAAAAUAAAUUCAAUGAGAUUAUGGCCACUUAUCUGUUGCUGGCUAAGAAAAAUGUUGAUGUUAGUUUUGGUUUAUAUGUUUUUUAUUCAUAUGUGCGCCAUAUUUUUGUUUUUACUUUUGUUUGUAUGUUUAUGUUUGCCUGUUUAUGUAUAUUUAUGUGUAUGUUUGUGUGUAGAUAUUUACAAAUGCCAUUUUUCACAAGUUUAUGUCUCUUUGUUGUUAGGUGA